CAAGAAGCGUUGUAACCCCAAUUCUGUCACAAUCUCAUCACGAAUCAGCCAACUUCUCUUGUUUUAGACACAGGAAGCACGCAUUUACCAUGGGAGAAGAAGAGAAACAACCGAAACGACCCUCCACGGUCGACUUCAAAAUUGAUGAGAGUGCCGAAUCAACAAAAAAGAGGCCUUCUGUGAAGAGAGGGAUGUCGAAACGGAAAAGUCUUCGCGCUAGCUUUUUGCGAUUGAAGAGUUUGAGUUUUCGAAGGUGCGUGCAUUUCCUGCUUGGGCAAUGGCUCAAAGUAGCGAUCGAAGCGGGAAACCUAGAGUUUUUGCCACUGUUCUUGUUUUCACUUGGUUUGAGAUCCAACAGCCGUACACAUGGCAUGUUUUCUUUUCUAUUUGCGUCCUUCCAAACAGAUCCGGGGGUGAGAGAGGAGCUGACAUCGACACGCUUCGCGGAACACACGGACCCGAGUUUGAGGGAUAUGCCAAGAUUAAUCGCAGCGGCGGUGCGGGUAUCUCGUGCGGUUGCUUCGGUGGGAGCGGCGAUACGAAGGAAAAAAUCAUUCUCAUUAAGGGGGCCUACUGCUUUGUAUUUGUAAAUGAGAGCGAUCCGGCGCCGAAAUAUGCGAUUGCCUGUGCGCACAUGAAAGCAAAAAUUCAUUCUCCGUCGCACGGCGUCCAUCCCGUUACGAUUGAAACCGCGCUGGGAGACGUCGAAUGGGACCUGACAUUUCAGCAAAAGCAAAUCGCAAAACAGUUUGCGGACGCCUUCAAGAAACAGGCCGCGGUUGGCGAGUCCGACGAAGUCCGAAAGGUAAUAUGACUGUUGUGUGUAAUUUCGUGCAUUCGCUUUGAACAAGGUGUACCAUUUCCAGACCAUUGUUUCUCAAACGACCGUUCCGCGUUGCUCUCUGACAUUUCUGGUCGAUCCCAUUAGCGCCUUGGCCACGACAAAUUGCUCAAUAAGCGGGGCUCCGUUCGAUAUGCGGAAGCCAUCGCAGAAAAGAAACUCGAAGAACAACCCGAAAAGAAAGAGAACGUGUUGUUGGAAGACGUCAACCGGAUUGAGCCCAUGAUGGCGGGGUGUUAAAAAAUAUAUUAAUUACGGUACCGACAAUUCUAGUAUUGAACUGUCGAGACGAAUGGUGGCGAAUAAGCUGGCGGUAUAGUAAACAAUGAAAGCAAUUAAUAUAGAUAGUGAGCAAGAAGAACUUUUUAUAGGUUGAAUAAUUUAAUUACUUAAUU